AUGGGUUCUCGUCGCUGGGCUCGGGGCUCUGGGCAGCCCUGGAGCGCUGCUGGGUCUCUGUGGGGCUGGGCAGUGUCGAGGCUACACCUGCACUGGACAGCAAGGUUGUUUCAGGAGGAUGAAGAGAUGCUGAUUCUGACCCGCAGUGAUGAGUUGAGCAGAACCUUUGCUGAGGACAACAGACUGCACUCUGACAACAUCACAAACAAAAAUAAUACAAGCUCUGAUGACACAAGAGGAAACAGAACAUCGACUGAGCAAGAUAAUCCCAGUAUCCCAGGAUCCACCGGCACUUUAUUGCAGGAAAGUCCAGCUCUUACAGAAACUAGAGCUACUGUAAUCUCGACUGGACCCAGAACCAUCACCAUAACUUCAGCGGUUUCCACAGGAGACUCCUUUUGGUUAAAAAACACCAACAUUUAUGGCACAGGAAGAAGAUCCUCUGAGAUGCACGCUGACAACAGCGAGGAGAACCCGAGUUUCAACCAGAACCAGGGUAACAAGACAGGGUCCUACAGGCUGUUUAGAGGGAAUGUGCAAAAACAGAGACGUUCUGAGGGCGGAGAGGAAGCAGAGGAAGGUGUGGAGGGGACAUCUCAGUUCUGUGCCAGCCUCGAAGAAGAGAGAGCAAGGAUGAGUUCGGCUAAUCCUGUUCUGAGCCCCAAUACCGGCACCGCAGGUCUGAAUCCUACUCCCACCAUCACCGCUUGGGAGGCUGGCUGGAAUGUCACAAAUGCUAUACAGGGUAUCUUCGUGUUGGGUUUACCCUUCGCUCUGGUGCGGUCGGGUUAUGUGGGUCUUGUUCUGCUGAUUCUGUCAGCCUGGGUCUGCAACCACACAGGGAGGAUCCUGGUGGCCUGUCUGUAUGAGGAGGACCAAAGUGGAGGCUCGGUGUCGAAGGUCCGAGUCCGACACAGCUACCAGGACGUAGUGGAGGUAUGCUGCGAAGGACUGUGGCCCAACUGGCCUGGAUUGGGGGGGUGGAUGGUUAAUGUAGCUCAGGUCAUUGAGCUGCUGAUGACGUGCACCCUGUAUCUGGUCGUCUCCACCAGCCUGUUGUCUGACAGUGUUUCAGCGAUGGCCUUUCCUCGAUCAGCGUGUUCUCUGGUGUCUCUGGUGUUCCUGCUGCCCUGCCUGCUGCUGACUGAUCUCAGACUGGUCUCCACCCUCAGCCUGCUCUGCUCCCUGGCUCACAUACUGAUCAGCCUGUUGGUCAUGCUGUACUGUCUGAGUCGAGCCAGCAGCUGGUCCUGGUCCACUCUGUCUCUGUCCGUGGACCCCGAGGACUUCCUCGUCUCUGUGGGCGUCAUCAUCUUCUCCUACACCUCACAGAUCUUCCUCCCUCCUCUAGAGGGCAGUAUGGAGGACAGAGGGCAGUUUAACGCCAUGCUGGGGUGGACUCAUGGCGCUGCGUGCAUCAUGAAAACUCUGUUUUCUUUACUGGCUGUGUUGACCUGGGGGCAAGAGACCAGUGAGGUCAUCACAGACAACCUGCCCACUGACCUUCGACCUCUCGUCAACCUGUGCCUGCUGGCUAAAGCCCUGCUGUCCUACCCUCUGCCGUUCUACUCUGCUGCUGGAAUACUACAAACCUGUCUGCUUGGAGAUGUCUCAUCGUACUCCACACAUGGAGGUCGGGGUGUGUCUCGUCCGGCCCUGUUGGUCCGUGCCGCAUUGCUGAUGACAUCAUACCUACUGGCCCUGCUAGUGCCCAGGUUCUCCCUGUUGAUGGGUUUGACAGGCAGUGUGACCGGAGCGGCCAUGACACUCAUACUGCCGUGCCUGUUUCACCUCAGACUGCAGUGGGGCCGCCUCACUGUGCGGGACCGGCUGAUAGAUGUGUGUAUACUGAGUCUGGGGGUCAUCUGUAGUGUGUCUGGUAUGAUUUGUUCAGUGAAAAGAUUGGUCGGAGGACUGUAG